AAAAGUCAAAAAGUCGCUCGCUUCUCGAUUCUCGUUUUUCGUCUUAAUUUUGUUGCUUGUCUGCGGUUCCGUGCUAAAUAAUAGAUGCUUGAAAAAUCGGCAAAUUUAAUAUCACAAAAUAUGAGUUCAGAAGCAAUGGUCAUUCCGCCAUCGGUGUCGUGGGCUCAAAGAAGUGCUUGUAUAUUUCUAACUUUCAAUGUUGAAUGCGAAAAGCCAGAAAUUAAAAUCGACAAUAAACGAGUUCAUUUUAAAGGAUUAUGUGCACCAGAUCAGAAGUUGCAUGAAGUUGAAAUUCCGUUAUAUGGUGAAAUAGACCCAGAAAAAAGUACUCAUUGCAACAAAGGCCGAUUUAUUGAUGUAGUUCUUCUUAAGAAAUCGGACGGACCAUUCUGGCCAACUCUUACAAGUGAUAAAAAGAAACACCAUUGGCUAAAAGUAGACUUUGAGCGCUGGCAAGAUGAAGAUGAAAGCGGUGAGGAAGGUGACAACAUGAAUGAUAUGUUUUCUAACAUGUUCACCGAUAAAAUUGGUGACUUUGGUGAUGAAAACGAAAAGGAUGAUUCAAGCUCUGCUGAUGAAGAGGACUUACCUGAUAUAGAGUAACAUAAACAAGUAUUUCUAAAAUAGUGAAAAACAAUAGCCUAGAUUAUGAACCAAACUUUGUGCUUUUAUACAAGGAAUAUAGUGGUAUAGCUUAAAUUUUACUUAUAAGUUCAUGUGCUUUGGUCUUGGAUGGAAAUUUAAAUUGAUUUAUCAAGUCCUAUAUGUUUUAAAGGUGUUUGAAUUUAAAUCAAUUGUUAAAAGU